AUGAGUAAGACAAGCUGGAAAUUUUUUUGCAAAGGUUUACCAUUUUUGGCAAUUGGUGGUUCAACUUUAUUACUUGCAUAUAAAAUACAACAAAUCAAAUUCGAAUUCGGACCAUCCGCCUGUACACUUGCUGACGCUGAGGAAAUUAGUCAAUUUCUGAAUAACAAAGGAAUUGGCAGCCAGCAGAAAAGUAUAGAAGCGGUUUAUCAGGAACUAAUCAAGGAAGACGGCGACGACUGGGAAAAUAUUCGAGGACCACGUGAUUCAGAGGACAAUAAACAAUUUCUGCAGUUGAACAUACCAACAACUGAUCCCAGGGUAGGCUCGUCUGGUGACUUCAGUGAGGCGCCUCCACCUCCGCCUGGCUUUCCAAAUACAAGUAGGGAAGCUGUUCGAGGUAGUGAGCGAACUCCUGUAAUUUCAUCUCCUGCAGAUUCUGACUUCCCACGCGCCACCACAAACGAAAGAGUAAACAUUCAAAUCAUUGCCGAUCCUACCAUUGAUCAUCAAACAAGUUUCCCACCGUCUUCUGCACCAGCAAAUCAGAAUCAAUUAACACAGCCUGUAUUAGAUCCAGCAAGCUCUUCCAUAUCUUCUGUGGAAACUGCUGUGCCUGCUCAACCCUUUUACGUUCCUGCGGUUCCAGAUUUUAAUCAGGAAACUCUGUAUACGACGGCUGAAUCUUCUCAAUCAGUGACGUCAAACUUAUUAGAUCCUGAUAUUUCAUUGGCGCAGGCCCUAGUGGCUGGUAUCAGUUGUUCGCAUCCUGCCGAUCCGGAAAAUAAGGAAGAUCUUGUGGAUCCUGCUCUGCUAGCUGAAAUACUGCAGUUGGGAUUUGAAGAAGCAAUUGCUGUCUUAGCUAUAUCAAAAACGAAAGAAGUUGGUGGAGCUGAAGCAGCAAUAAACUGGAUCUUAGAGCACAGCAACGAAAGUGAUUUUGAAUCGGACGAAGAACAGAAUUCAAUGGGCGGAAUUCAUUCUACAAGUGUUAUAAAUAGGCAGCAUAAAAUGGUUUUCGUUGUUAAUAUGAGCCUUAAAAUGGGAGCAGGAAAGUUGGCUGCUCAAGUUGGUCAUGCAACACUCGGUGUUUAUCGGCUUGCACAAAGAAGUGAAGAUGGGCAACAAGCAUUAGAUGCUUGGAGAAUAUCAGGAGAAAUGAAAGUGGUUGUUAAAGGUCAUAACACGGAAAUGCUUCUCGAUUUUUUCAAACAAGCUAAGGACUUGGGUUUGUUUGCUUAUAUUGUGUCCGAUGCUGGUCGUACACAAAUUCCCGCUGGCUCACGGACUAUUCUUGGUAUCUUUGGUCCAACUCAUUUAGUUGAUUUGGUUACUGGCGAACUGAAACUUUUAUGA